AUGCAGUGUCUAGCAGCUGUUAUCCGGGACGACGGAAACAUGAGUGGAGGAGCGGAGCAAGCGGAUAUCCUGCCGGUCAGCUACGUGGUAAAGGAUCGCUGGAAGGUGCUGAAAAAAAUUGGAGGUGGAGGAUUUGGGGAGAUCUACGAGGCGAUGGAUUUGCUGACUCGGGAAAACGUCGCUUUAAAAGUAGAAUCAGCACAACAACCAAAACAAGUUCUAAAGAUGGAGGUGGCCGUGUUAAAGAAGUUGCAAGGGAAGGAUCACGUCUGCCGGUUCAUCGGCUGUGGAAGAAAUGAGAAGUUUAACUAUGUGGUGAUGCAGCUACAGGGUCGGAAUCUGGCAGACCUGCGCAGAAGUCAACCUCGCGGCACUUUCACCAUGAGCACCACGCUGCGCCUUGGCAAGCAGAUCCUGGAGUCAAUAGAUUCCAUCCAUUCUGUGGGCUUCCUGCAUCGCGACAUUAAACCGUCGAACUUUGCCAUGGGGCGACUUCCAUCCACCUACAGAAAGUGUUACAUGUUGGACUUUGGCCUGGCGCGGCAGUAUACCAACACCACAGGCGAGGUGCGGCCGCCCCGCAAUGUCGCUGGAUUCAGAGGAACAGUCCGCUAUGCGUCUGUCAAUGCACACAAGAACAGGGAGAUGGGCAGACACGACGACUUGUGGUCCCUGUUUUAUAUGUUGGUGGAAUUUGCAGUUGGUCAGCUGCCAUGGAGAAAGAUCAAAGACAAGGAACAAGUAGGGAUGAUUAAGGAGAAAUAUGACCAUCGAAUGCUGCUGAAAAAACACAUGCCUUCCGAGUUCCACCUCUUCCUGGAGCACAUAUCUUCUCUGGACUACUUCACCAAGCCCGAUUAUCAGAUGAUUAUGUCUGUGUUUGAGAACAGUAUGAAAGAGAGAGGAAUCACAGAGAAUGAGGCCUUUGACUGGGAGAAGGGUGGAACAGACAUCCUACUGUCUACCAGCACCUCCACCCCACCGCAGCAGAACACCCGGCAGACAGCUGCCAUGUUUGGGGUGGUGAAUGUGACUCCAGUGCCAGGGGAUUUGUUGAGGAGAGAACACCGAAGAUGUCCUACAAGGGGAGCACCUGAGCGACCAGGAGAAUGCCCCUCCCAUCCUUCCCGGCCGGCCGGCAGACCUCACCGGACAGGUCCCCAACACGGGCUUCAAUGACACCGAGGUCUGGGAGGAGACAGAUGUGAAUCGGAAUAAGCUAAGAAUCAGUAUCAGUAAGACACAGUGCCUGAUGGAAGACGAUCACAGCCGGCAUGGGUGUCCCAGCUCACCCGUCCGGGCUCCUCCCGAGUCCCCCACUACACAGGCACGCUCUCUUCAUUACCGGCGCGUCAACAGUCCUGAGUCCGAACGGCUAUCUACAGCAGAAAGAGCUGAUCUUCCAGAGAGGAGAUCCCGCAUGGACCUCCCUGCUUCUCCAUCUCGCCAGGCGUGCUCAUCGCAGCCUGCUCAAAUGUUGUCCAUUGACACGGGUCAGGUUGACCGGCAAGCUAGUGGCCGCAUGGAAGUCUCGGCAUCGGUAGAACAUGAAGCCCUUAGUAAUGCCUUUCGCUCGGUCCCACUUGCUGAGGAGGAGGACUUUGACAGUAAGGAAUGGGUCAUCAUAGACAAAGAGACUGAGUUGAAGGACUUCCAUCCAGGAGCAGAACCAACCACCUCGGGGACAACAGAUGAAGAGCCUGAGGAGCUCCGGCCUUUGGAUGAUAGGGGGAGGAGAGGAGAAAGACUGUGGGCGGAGAUGGUGCAGUGAGGCCUAAAGUGCAUGAAGCUCGGCCUCGAACCAUGCAGACUGUAGCGGAGGAAGAGCCCUCCUCCCCACAUGAAGGUUCUGAAGGCAGAGGGGAUGUUCCACCUGCAAGUCCAUCACACUCCCAUUCGGCAUCACGACAACGGAGGAGGGAGUCUGACCCCAGCGGACCUCAGAGACAGCUGGAGGAGGACAGGCUUUCCCAGCACCCCCUGCCGAGGUACAGCCCCCUCCGUUAGACUGGCGUCUUCCGUCUUCUCAUCCUCAACUCUGGAGACAGAACAUUAUCCACAUCCUACAGGCACCUUCAUCCAGCGCAGCCGCUCCGCGGAGAGCAGUCCCGUACGCCUGCCUCACCGUCGCCAUCCACCAUUGCCAGCUGGCAACCACAGACUGGUGCCCUCUGUGCUGCGCAUCUCCCGCUCCCAGCUCCAACAGGUGUGGGCACGCUUCACACACAAAACAUAG